UUACAAGUCCCUGUGUAAUAAGCAUGUAAAAUGAUUUGUGUUUGUUAUGGAUGAACAAACCUGUCCAAGAUGUAAAACAACUACUUACAGGAACAAGUCUUUGAAGUUGUUGGUUAAUGUAUGUGGACAUAAGUUAUGCCAGACUUGCGUAGAUGUCUUGUUUACACGUCCCUCAGCAGCUUGCCCUCAAUGUAAUACUGCAUUAAGAAGAAGUGAUUUUCGAAACCAAUUAUUUGAAGAUGAUGCUGUUGAAAAAGAAGUUGAUGUUCGCAAAAAGAUUUUAAAAAUCUACAAUAAACGAGAAGAUGAUUUUAAUUCUCUGGAUGAAUUCAAUAAUUAUCUUGAAGAUAUUGAAAUAAUAAUCUUUAAUAUUGUUAACAAAAUCAGUGUAGAAGAAACAAAGAAAAAAAUCGAAUUGUACAAAAAAGAAAAUGAAAGAUUAAUAAAGAAGAACCAAUCAAAACUUAACCAGGAAGAGGCAAUGUAUUUGGCUUAUCUUCAAAAUGAAAAAGAGGAUUAUGCAAAUAAAAGAAAAAAAAUUAUUCAAGACGAAUUAGACUCAGAGAAAAGAAAAUGUAAAGAAAAAGAAAAUUUGAUUAAUGACUUAAUUUACGCUAAUGCACCUGCUGAAGAGGUUAUUGCACGGCAUGUCAACGUCAAACGUCGUAAAGAGGAGGAAGAAUCUAAAAAAUCAUUUUUUUUCUCCGAAAAGAAGAAAAAUUUAAAACUAGUGAGUCAACCUAUAAUAGAAGCUCCAUUAUUUGAAUACAAGGCACCAAUUAUUGAAUGGUUUGGACCUACUCCUCCAGAUGAAACUGAUAUUAUCAAAAAUGGGUAUUUGAAACAUAUUCGGUCUGCGCAACCUGCUGAAAGAGCUGGUGGCUACACCGAAUCGAUUGCUUGCAGACGAGCAUUGCAAGAAGCAUUUGAUUCUCUUUUUAUAUGAUAGCGAGUUUGAUAAUAAUCUAACUAAAAUAAUUUUAUUGAGUUUACAAAA